AAAUGAGAGGCAAGAGAGAGAAGUGAGAGCGGGCGAAAGAGGAAAGAAGCAUUCCGGGGGCGAUGCCGGCAAGAGGCGGAUGGGGUGCUGCGCGCGGAGAGCAAAGACCUUCCCCUGCACGAUUGUCCUGCUGGACGAGACGGAGAUCGCCGAGGAAAUACAGGCGGACACCAAAGGCGAAUUCCUCUUGGAGCGCGUCUUCACCCACCUGAAUCUUAUCGAAAAAGCCUAUUUCGGUCUCAGGUUCCUUAACAAGGCAGGAGAGUCGCGCUGGCUAGAUCCUCUCCAUAAAGUAACAAAACAAAUGAAAGGCAUUUCUCCGUUAACACUUUAUUUCGGUGUGAAAUUUUAUGCCUCUGAUCCUUGUAGACUCCUGGAAGAAAUCACGAGGUAUCAGUUCGUUCUUCAGUUAAAACAAGACAUUCUGCAGGGCCGGCUUCCCUUAACAGAUGAACUGGCUGCGGAGCUUUUCGCUUUAUCACUACAAGCCGAGUUGGGCGACUUCGACCCUCGCAAGCACCACGAGCACUAUGUCUCGGAGUUCCGGUUCCUGCCUGAGCAGACGCCGCACCUCGAGAAGAAAGUGGAGCAAAUACACAAGACGCUGGUGGGCCGAGUGCCUGCCACAGUAGAAAUGAGCUUCUUGGAGCGGGUCAGGUGGUUGGACAUGUACGGAAUAGACCUGCAUCCAGUCUUGGGUGAUGACCAAGUUGAAUAUUUCCUGGGUCUGACACCAAGUGGCGUUGUCGUCAUGAAGGGGAAGAAGAUCCUCAAUCACUAUUUCUGGCCACGCAUUAGCAAAGUGUUUUUCAAAGGAAAGUCUUUUAUGAUACGAGUCAAGGAUAAGACGAACGACGAGACGACGUACGUGUUUUUGGCUUCCUCUCGAGAGGCCUGCGAGUACCUGUGGAAGUGCUGCAUCGAGCAUCAUGCGUUCUUCAGGUUAACUCAAGUGAAAGACAUGACGGGUAACCCUCUACAGAUAUUUCGCCUUGGUUCCAAGUACAGAUAUAGUGGUCGUACGGAACAACAGAUGCGCAGUGAGACCAUUCGGAGGCCUCCUCCGCCUAUUCUUCGUGUCCCAAGCAGGAGAUUUCAAAAGAGACCUACAGAUGCGGACAUUGAAGAAAAAGAAGCCUUCAAGAAGAGCAUCCAGGGAAACACGAAGGAUGAUUUUUACCUCACCCGUACCGAGCCACCUCCGAAUCCCCUGUAUCGGUCUGUUUCCACGCCUGCUGCUCUCUCAGAAUCUCUAUCCCUGCAAAGUGUGGCUACAGACAUUGCUCCAUGGGAAGAUCCCAAUCAAAGAGGCCUUUUUGGCAGCAGUCGCAGUCGGAGGUCCAGCUCAGCGGAUAGUGUAGGUAGAAGAUCUCGCCGUAGCCACCGCAGUUCAGACAACGAAAGCGAGGUGUCCAGGUCUUCCAGAGGUUCCCGAUCUUCUAGAAGGAGAGGUCAAGAAAGUGGCAGUGAGUCUGAUUCCCAGCGUCACAGGAGUAGGCAGCGCAAGCGAAGUCGAAGGUCGGAAUACCGCCUCGUGGAAUCAGAAUCUCAGUGGCGGAAAAUACAAGAGCAGCGUAAGGAACACGACACUGCGCUGCAGAGUGCCGUCGUCAGGGAUUUGUCAGGAAGGAAAAGCGGGUAUGUGAAUUCAGGAGCCGAUACUGAAUCAGAAGCACCCCCUAAACACAGGAAGAAGCACAGAAGGCGUAGUCGUUCUGGAUCUCGUUCCCCAGAAGCUUUACCACGAGAAGUUAAAAAACACCUCAAGUAUCAUCUGGAAGAUCCUUCCAACAUGACAGAAGAGGAGAAGCGUCAAAUAAGAUAUACAAGAGUAGAAUCCGAAAAAGAAAUUUUCCGCCUUCAUUAUUCUCCUUCCUCGGGGCGCUUGCGCAGAAGGAAAGUGAGUCCAGCCUCCUCCCGGAACUCUCUGGACAUCACGGGCAGGAGUGGCAGAGAAGGGAUGCCUCGGAAAUCCCUUCCCCGAGGGUCGUCUGCCGAAGUUCUGCCCACCACCGCUCUGAAAUCAAACGGACAGAUGGGAGAGAGACGGAAGUGACACCACUUGUCAAGUCAAUGAAGAGGAUCUAUUUAUUUGUACAUUUUCUUUUUGAUUAUUUGAAUAAACUAUAUACAUUUUUCUAUUGAAGAA